AUGGGGGAUCACAACGACAGGACAGCACUGCAUAUCGCUGCCAUGAGAGGAUCCAAGCAAUGUGNCCUGAAAAACAGUCAAGGAAAGACAGCUCUACACUUCGCAUGCGUGGAAGGACAUGACCGAGUUGUUGAACUUUUGCUUAAUCUUGGUGCAACUGUGGAAAAGGAUCACAACGACAGGACAGCACUGCAUAUCGCUGCCAUGAGAGGAUCCAAGCAAUGUGUACAGUACAUUCUACAGCGCCACCCUAAAUGUAUCAACCUCUUUGAUAAAAAUCAGAACACCGCUUUACACUUGGCCGCCAUUCAUGAUUCCCCAGAAGUUGUCUCGUGCUUGCUGUCUUACCCGGAACAAGAGAUCCUUUUGAAUAAAAAGAACCAUAAUGUUCUGGACGCCGCAUUGAAUGCUGACAGGAAAAAUGUGUCACUUGCUAUAGCGAGUCACGAGAGAUGUCAAAUUCUUGCGUAUAGUUAA